AUGUCUUCAAUCAGAAGCGAUGUUUACCUUAUUUCACUAUUAAGUACAAUUUCUUCUCAAUUGAAUCGCUAUUUAGCAUUGGUAAUCUUCCUUUUUGGAAUAAUUGGCAAUCUUCUCAAUAUUAUUGUUUUUUCACAACGAACACUUCGUUCAAAUCCUUGUUCGUAUCUCUUUCUUCUUGCAUCAAUUUGUUAUCUUCUUAGUUUAUGUUCGGGCAUUUUUCCUCGAUUUCUAUCAACAUGGGAUGCUGAUUUAGGAAAUACCAAUGAAAUCCUAUGUAAACUUCGUAUUUAUAUUUAUUUUAAUUCAUUAACCAUCGCUUUUUGGUUAAUAGCAUUAGCUACGAUUGAUCGGUGGUUUUUGUCAAGUCAAGAUGUUUCUCGUCGAAAUCGAAGUUCAUUAAAAAAUGUUAAACGAUCAUUUGUUUGUCUUUUAAUUCUUUCAAGUCUUUUUGAAAGUCAACAAAUCUUUUGCUACGAAGCCAAUUUAACAAAUACUCCAUUAAAAUGUUAUUCGAAAACAGUCGGAUGUGCAAUUCUCUCAGAUGUCUCAUUUGCUUUCGUUACUGUUCUCAUUCCGGUGACGUUAAUGUUAAUCUUUGGUUUAUUAAUUCUUUCAAACAUUCGUCGAUCUCAAAUACGUUUAAAUCCGAUAACCUCAUAUAGCAAUGAAGGGAUCAAUCAAAUCUAUGUUCAUAAUGGGCGAGUAAAUCCACAACGAAGAACAGAUCGACAUUUAUUAUCAAUGCUUCUCGCUCAAAUUAUUCUUAUUCUUUUAUUUUCAUUUCCAUUUGCUUUCUCAAAAUUCUAUUCAACAAUAACAAGAUAUUUACCGAAAUCAUCUUUGCAAAGUACAACUGAAAGUUUCAUUUUCAAUUUAUUUCUUCUGUUCAUUAAUGUGGCUUCGGGAAUGCCAUUUUACAUUUAUACGUUAACCGGAGGACAUGUUUUUCGAAAAACAUUAGCCAAUCUCUUUCGGAAAUAA